ACUGGGUGUAUUGUGGAUGCCAUCAUUCAACUAUUCAAUUAGGCCAUACAUCAAACCUGGUUUAACGCACGCACUGCAAUGUUUCUGCUAUGCUUUGUCCGAUCGAAUAUUCGAUACUCGUUGUACAGGUGAAUAAGAAUCGUACGACGAUAAACAAGAAUGGUGCGACAGGCCUUGACCAAGUGGCAGGUAAGAGUUUCAAUCAAUAUGUUUUACUAGGAAUAUGAUGGAGAGUCAGUUGCAAACGCAGAAACGUGUAAAGGCGGACGAUUGUCUUUAUCUUUCUUUCUUUUGUGUUAUCCUGCGAGAUCAUCAGAAGGACGACCUUGAACACAAGACCUGUUACAAGAAAGUAACCGAUAGUUUCCGUCAUGAAGGUUUAUUUAAAGUUUAUUGCGGUGAUUCUUGUUGGCUUGUCAUCUCUGAAUAUGGUAUUCGGCCAAAACCGCGGUGGUUCUGCACAGUUGCGUCCUGACGACGGGCUCAUAGCCUUAGAUUCCCUAACGCGCAACCGCGGCAGUGGUGGAACGUUGCGUCCUGACGACGGGCUCGUACCCUCAAGUUCCCCAAAGGGCAACCGCGGCGGUUCUGCACAUUUGCGUCCUGUCGACGGACCCGCACCCUCAAACUCCGUAUCGGACGACCGCAGCAGUGGGGUACAUGAGCGUCGACACCGCGGCAGUGCUGGAUGGUUGCGUCCUGACGACGGGCCCGUACCCUCAGAUUCCGUAUCGGACUACCGCGACAGUGCGGUACAUUUGCGUCCUGACGACGAGCCCGUACACUCAGGUUCCGUAUCGGCCUACCGCCGCGGUCUCAAGAGCGGGGGUCGUGGCGGUACUGCACAGUUCCGUCCUGUCGACGGGCCCGUACCCUCCAGUUCUGCAUCGACCUACCGCAGCAGUGGGGUACAUUUGCGUCCGGUCGACGGGCCCGAAAAUGACUUGAAUAUCCCCCCUGCGAAUCCAGCAGGCUUGACGGGUACCGUUCCCCGUCUUGUUCGUCGUUGCGUAGGCACUGGUUGCAGACGCUCCUUGGAAUGAAGCCAUAAGAACAAUCAAGAUGUUUGUACAUGUGUGUGUAUAUAGGCAAUUGGCAUUCCUUUGUAUAUAUGUUUGUGAUGUGUUUUGUACAUAUUGAAAAAGUUUAAAAAAAAAAAGUGUUCAAAAACAACGCUUUACUUUUC